UGACUUAUUUAACAACGUGUAAAAGAGUGAACAAUUACUGUAUGUUGUUUAAAGGGUGGAGCAAGUCAGCAAGCUACAGACUAGGAGUGGCUGCAGCCAGGUACACCUCUGUACUCAAUGAAGAAGAACACUUUUAUUGUGAGGACAUUCCCAACCUGCUGCUACAGAGCUGCCUGGUGAGACAUGGACUUGACUUCCUUGGGGAAUAAUGGUUUCACCAACUCUGCCUUUCAGGAUGAUGAUUCCACAGAUAACAAGGAUAAGAACCACGCCAUUAGAAAUGGAAGUUAUAAAGGAGAUGCUGUGGUUAUUGGUCAGUUUGACAUGUCUGAUGGUAGUAUGGCUGCUCCAGCUAAAUGGAAUUCAGAUGAAACCCUUUCUGAAAAGAAAAGUUUCUUGGAAAAGAUAUACAAUGCAGUAUGUGGUUUCUACAGAAAGCACAAAACCAUAAUCAGACAUAUAAUCUACGGUAUUCUGUUAGCAGGUUUUCUGGCAAUGGUGAUUGCAGCCUGCGCUCUGAACUUCAAAAGGGCUUUAGCACUCUUUGUGCUAACAGUCCUAGCCAUAUUUUUUGUGUGCUGGGAUUUAUUCAUGGACAGAUAUGAAGGGAAAAUUGUCAAGUGCUUUUCUCCCGUCGGGACGUUUUUCAAGAAGCAGUGGUUUUGGAUGAAAUGGGUGAUUUGGAUAAGUCUCAUUGUUGGGAUUAUUUGCUGGCUUAUUUUUGACACUGCAAAAAUGGGAGCCAAUCAGCUGAUAUCAUUUGGUGGACUUGUGAUGUACAUUCUCUUAAUGCUCAUAUUCUCUAAGCAUCCGACUAAGGUACAUUGGCGGCAGGUAUUCUGGGGCAUUGGACUUCAGUUCUUGUUGGGCCUUGUUAUUUUAAGAACAAAACCAGGAUUUGAUGCAUUUGAUUGGCUUGGUAUACAAGUGCAGACAUUCCUGGAGUAUGCAGACACUGGAUCCAAAUUUGUGUUUGGAGAAAAAUAUGUUGACCACUUUUUUGCCUUUAAGGUUCUUCCUAUUGUGAUAUUCUUCAGCACGGUUAUGUCAAUGCUUUAUCACAUUGGCUUCAUGCAAUGGCUCAUUAAAAAGGUUGGUUGGAUCAUGCAAAUCACCAUGGCAACAACUCCUACUGAGUCACUGGUUGCAGCUGGGAACAUAUUUGUUGGACAGACAGAAUCUCCUCUUUUGAUACGACCAUACUUAAAAGACUUAACAAAGUCUGAAAUUCAUGCAGUUAUGACAGCAGGCUUCGCUACAAUUGCAGGAAGUGUUCUAGGAGCAUACAUUUCUUUUGGAGUAUCGUCUUCCCACUUGCUAACAGCCUCUGUGAUGUCCGCCCCAGCAGCACUGGCUGUGGGAAAGCUUUUUUGGCCAGAAACAGAACCUGUACGAGUCAAUAUGCAAAGUGGACUUAAGCUGGAGAAAGGGGAUGCUCGAAAUAUAUUAGAAGCUGCAAGUCAAGGUGCUUCUGCCUCUAUUCCUCUGGUGGCGAACAUAGCAGUAAACCUGAUGGCCUUCCUUUCACUCUUGGCUUUCUUCAAUGCAGUCCUUUCUUGGCUAGGAAAUAUGUUUGACUAUCCACAGUUAAGUUUUGAGGUAAUAUGCUCAUAUGUCUUCAUGCCAUUUUCAUUUGUGAUGGGAGUGGACUGGGAAGACAGUUUCAUAGUCGGAAAACUUAUCGGAUACAAGACAUUUUUUAAUGAGUUUGUGGCUUAUGAAUACCUGGCUGGUCUGAUCACAAAGCGGAAAGAAGGUGGACCCCUCUACAUAGAUGGAAUCAAACAAUUUAUGUCGGUUCGUUCUGAAACAAUUGCAACGUACGCCUUAUGUGGAUUCGCAAACUUUGGCUCUUUAGGAAUUACUAUUGGAGGAUUAACCUCAAUGGCUCCAAGCCGAAAAGGGGACAUUGCAGGAGGUGCCAUCAGAGCUAUGAUUGCUGGCACGGUAGCCUGUUUCAUGACUGCUUGCAUUGCAGGAAUAUUAACUCCACCGGUUUUACAAAACACGUGCCAAGACAUCUUAGAAAAUGCUUUUAUCAAUUCAACAAGUUUACCAACUAAAUCACCAGAAAUAGCUGACUGUUGCCUGGACCUCUAUAAAUGGGCAGUCGCUGGAAGUCCAGGAAAUGUUUCCAUCGGAGGAAAUUACAGCAUUGGUGCAUUAACCGGUUGCUGCCGUUUGACAGAAUCUACAUCUUUUAAUUGCAGCUGGUUGUUACCAUAAGUUUAAGUUGA